AUGAACAGGGUCCCAAACGUCAAAGUCGACAUGUAUGAAGCUUUGCCCGUACCAUUCGGCCUGGUGCGCCACGGCGUUGCCCCGGACCAUCCGGAAGUCAAAAACUGUCAAGAUAAGUUUGAAGAAAUUGCCUCGUCCUCAAACUUUAGAUUCCUCGGCAAUGUCGCCGUAGGGUCAACUUCAGAAUCAUCCUCGUCAGACCAAUGCCGCAUUGAGCUGCAGCAGCUACUGCGCAAUUACGACUCCGUUCUCCUCGCCUAUGGCGCUUCCGAGGACAAGAAGCUUGGUAUUCCCGGCGAAUCUACUCUCCAAGGCAUCUACUCUGCCAGACAGUUUGUUGGGUGGUACAACGGUCUGCCAGACUGUGCUGGUCUAGAGCCCGAUCUCAGUGGCGACGAAGCUGUCGUCAUCGGUCAAGGCAAUGUUGCACUUGAUGUAGCGCGCAUGCUGCUAGAAGAUGUCGACGUGCUUCGAACAACCGACAUUACGCAGCAUGCCCUGGAACAGCUUGCGCAAAGCAAGAUUAAGAAAGCAGCAUUCACAAUCAAAGAACUGCGUGAGCUGAUGAAGCUACCAAAAGUCGCCUUUCAUCCCAUCAACAGGGCACUUUUGCCACAAGACCUCAAGUCGCUACCCCGAGCUCAAAGGCGGCUGAUGGAGGUUCUCGUCAAGGGCACCACUACAAGCCCUAGUGAUACAUCCUCUUCAUGGUCACUUGAUAGCUGUCUAUCCCCAAAGCACUUUUUGGCUCGCGAGCAAGAUGCAACUAGAGUUGCUAGCACCGAAUUCGACGUCACGCAUCUCGAGUCUGCAUUCGAUCCCAAAUCCCGCGUAACACCAACUGGCGAGACAACUCUACUGCCCUCGGAUGUAGUUUUUCGCUCCGUUGGCUACAAAUCUACGGCAUUGAACGGCUUUGCCGAGGCAGGGAUCCAGUUUGAUGUCCGUCGCGGCGUGGUUGACAACGAUGGCUUCGGGCGUGUCACACGUCUCGUCUCAAACAGCAACGAUGAACCGGCUACGCAGCAGGUCUCUGGCCUCUACUGCGCUGGCUGGGUCAAGCUUGGACCGACCGGUGUCAUUGCAUCCACCAUGAAUGACGCAUUUGCCACUGGCGACGCGAUUGCAGAUGAUUGGCUCAGUGGUGUAGCUUUUCUACAAUCCGCGAGUACAGCUGCUGGCUGGGACGGCAUUCGCGGCGCGGCCGGUACUGUCAACGCGGACAAGGCCAUUGACUGGAACGACUGGCGGCAAAUAGACAAGGUCGAAAAGGAAAAGGGUAGCGCCAGGGGCAAGACGAGAGAAAAGUUCACAAGCACGACGCAAAUGCUGUCUGUCAUCAGCUGA